AUGGAUGUGAAGAAGGAUCUUCACAUGGUGUUUAUUGAUUUGGAGAAAGCGUAUGAUAAGACUCCUAGAGAGGUUCUAUGGAGAUGCUUGGAGGCAAAAGGAAUGUCGGUUGCUUACAUUAGGGUGAUUAAGGACAUGUAUGAUGGAUCUAAGACUCGGGCUAGGACAGUGGGAGGCGACUCAGAGCAUUUUUUGGUGAUGGAUGCUCUGACAUACCAUGUUCAAGGGAAGGUACUAUGGAGUAUGUUAUUUGCUGACGACAUUGUUCUGAUUGAUGAGAUGAGAGAUAACAUCAACGAGCGGUUGGAGUCUUGGAGACAUGCCUUUGAGUAUAAGGGUUUGAACUUGUGCAAGACUAAGACAGAAUACCUAGAGUGCAAGUUCAACUUUGAGCCGUCGGUAGCAUGA